AUUUAUGUGGGGGAUCCAACAUGGCGGCUGCGGCGACCCUGGCGAUGGCGGUGGUGCCCGUCAGAACAUAGUGGCGGGGAAGGGGGCACAGUCCGCACUCACGGUGGCGUCGGCGGAGACGGCUGAGGGUGGUGGAGGGAAGAAAAGCGACGGAAAGCAAAAGGAAGGGCAGGCGGGCAAACAACUCGGCGUAGAACCGAGCGCCGGCUCGAGCGAAGGCAGAGGGCCAGAACAGUGGGGAUGGCGGAGCCACGCAGAGUAGCGUUUAUUAGCCUGUCACCGGUGAGGCGGCGCGAGGCCGAGUUCCCGGGGGCCGAACGCGAACCCGAGUAUCCUCGCGAGCCUCCCCGGCUGGAACCGCAGCCGUACCGCGAGCCGGCCCGGACGGAGCCGCCGGCCCCGCGGGAGGUUACCCCCAGGUCGGACGCGCAGCCCCCGCCGCGGGAGAAGCCGCUCCCCCAGCGCGAGGUCAGCCGCGCCGAGCCGCCCAUGUCGCUGCAGCGCGAGCCCCCGAGGCCCGAGCCGCCGCCGCCGCCGCUCCCGCAGUUGCACUUGCAGCCGCCCCCGCCGCGGGAGUCGGCUUCCCGGGCCGAGCCGCAGCCGAGGCCGCCGAGGGAGACGGUGCGCCUGGAGCUGGUGCUCAAAGAUCCCACCGACGAGAGCUGCGUGGAGUUCAGUUACCCGGAGCUGUUGCUGUGUGGAGAACAACGGAAAAAGCCCGUUUACACAGAAGACCCGUUCAAUGAUGAUCAUCAAGAGAGGCAAGAAGUGGAAAUGUUGGCUAAGAAGUUUGAAAUGAAAUAUGGUGGGAAGCCCCGUAAACACCGGAAGGAUCGGCUACAAGAUUUAAUCGAUAUAGGCUUUGGCUAUGAUGAGACAGAUCCAUUUAUUGAUAACUCAGAGGCUUAUGACGAAUUAGUUCCUGCUUCUCUAACAACAAAAUAUGGAGGCUUUUAUAUCAACACUGGCACUCUCCAGUUUCGCCAAGCUUCAGAUACUGAAGAAGACGAUACCACAGACAACCAAAAGCACAAGCCACCCAAAAUUCCCAAAAUAAAAGAAGAUGAUAUUGAGAUGAAGAAGAGGAAGCGGAAAGAGGAAGGGGAAAAGGAGAAGAAGCCAAGGAAAAAAGUACCCAAACAACUCGGGGUUAUGGCUCUAAAUUCACACAAAUCUGAAAAAAAGAAGAAACGUUAUAAAGAUUCUCUUUCUCUAGCUGCCAUGAUAAGAAAAUUUCAAAAAGAGAAGGAUGCAUUAAAGAAGGAAUCUAACCCUAAAACCCCAGUGAACUUCUCAACCUCCUCUCUUAAUAACCCCCCCUCUGCUGCUGUAGCGUUGGGAAAUGAUGUCUCGGACCUGAAUCUGAACAGUGCUGAUCCGGACCUCCCCAUCUUUGUUAGCACAAAUGAACAUGAACUAUUUCAGGAAGCUGAAAAUGCCCUAGAGAUGCUAGAUGAUUUCGACUUUGACAGAUUACUGGAUGCUGCUUCUAAUGGUAGCCCCCUCUCAGAGUCAGGGGGAGAGAAUGGAAACACCACCCAGCCAACCUAUGCCUCUCAAGUUAUGCCUAAGGUGGUACCUACACUCCCAGAGGGUCUGCCUGUCCUCCUUGAAAAACGUAUCGAAGACCUCCGUGUAGCUGCCAAACUUUUUGAUGAAGAAGGAAGGAAAAAAUUCUUUACACAGGAUAUGAAUAAUAUUCUUCUGGACAUUGAGUUACAGCUGCAGGAACUAGGCCCUGUCAUUCGUAGUGGUGUCUACUCCCACCUUGAAGCUUUUGUGCCAUGCAAUAAAGAAACACUGGUAAAACGUCUGAAGAAGUUACAUCUCAAUGUCCAGGAUGAUCGUUUAAGAGAACCUCUGCAAAAGCUGAAACUGGCUGUCAGCAAUGUCAUGCCUGAACAGCUAUUUAAAUACCAGGAGGACUGCCAGGCUCGUAAUCAGGCUAAGUGUGCCAAGUUUCAAACAGAUGAAGAACGAGAAAAAAAUGGGUCCGAGGAAGAUGACGAGGAGAAACCGGGGAAACGUGUCAUAGGACCAAGGAAGAAAUUCCACUGGGAUGACACCAUUAGAACUUUGUUAUGUAACCUUGUUGAGAUCAAAUUGGGAUGCUAUGAGUUAGAGCCAAAUAAAAGCCAGUCUGCUGAGGAUUAUCUUAAAUCCUUUAUGGAGACAGAGGUGAAACCAUUGUGGCCUAAGGGCUGGAUGCAGGCAAGAAUGCUUUUUAAGGAAAGUCGGAGUGUACAUAAUCAUCUUACUUCUGCUCCGGCAAAGAAAAAGGUGAUUCCUGCACCUAAACCCAAAGUGAAGGAGUGUAGUCCAAAAAAGGACCAGAAAACUCCUGCAUCCUCGGUGGCUUCAGUUGGUGGUCCUUCAGCGAGCUCUAGCACAUCGGCCGUGGCCUCUACCAGUUCUGGCUCCACGCCAGUGCAGGAGACCAUCUGCCUUGAUGACUCACUAGAUGAAGAACUUUCCUUUCAUCCACCUGCACUGGAUCUUGUUUCUGAAGCUUUAGCUGUUAUCAACAAUGGGAACAAGGGCCCUCCAGCUGGCUCAAGGAUAAGUAUGCCAACUGCAAAACCUCGUCCAGGACUGAGAGAAGAAAAAUUAGCAAGUAUCAUGAGUAAACUGCCACUGGCUACACCCAAAAAACUAGAUUCUACUCAGACUGCACAUUCAUCGAGUCUUAUUGCUGGCCACACAGGGCCAGUACCAAAGAAACCCCAGGAUUUAGCUCAUACUGGCAUCUCUUCAGGCCUUAUUGCUGGUUCUUCAAUUCAGAACCCGAAAGUUUCCUUAGAACCUUUGCCAGCCAGGCUGCUUCAGCAAGGACUACAGAGGUCAAGCCAGAUUCAUGCUUCUUCCUCUUCGCAGACCCACAUCUCCUCCUCUUCCCAAGCCCAAGUUGCUGCCUCUUCUCAUACUCUGGGAACAUCAGAGGCCCAAGACGCUUCUCCGUUAACACAAGUAACAAAGGUGCACCAGCAUUCAGCUGUCCAGCAGAACUAUGUGUCUCCAUUACAAGCGACUAUUAGUAAAUCACAGACCAACCCAGUGGUGAAGUUAAGUAAUAACCCCCAGCUUUCCUGUUCAUCCUCACUUACUAAGACUUCAGACAAGCCACUUAUGUACCGCCUUCCCUUAUCUACACCCCCACCUGGAAAUGGUUCUCAAGGGUCCCACUCCCUGGUUUCUAGGACAGUACCUAGCACCACUACCUCCACUAACUAUUUAGCCAAGGCGAUGGUGUCACAAAUCUCCACGCAGGGUUUCAAGUCCCCCUUCUCAAUGGCUGCAUCCCCAAAACUUGCCUCAUCUCCCAAACCUGCCACAUCUCCUAAACCCUUGCCCUCACCUAAGCCUUCUGCCUCACCCAAGCCCUCUCAGUCAGCUAAGCCUUCAGUAUCAACUAAACUUGUAUCUAAAUCCAACCCAACUCCCAAACCUACUGUGUCCCCAAAUUCUUCCAGUCCAAAUGCACUAGUGGCCCAGAGUAGCCACUCGAGCAGUAACAACCCAGUCCAUAAACAGCCCAGUGGAAUGAACAUCAGCAGACAGUCUCCCACCUUGAAUUUAUUGCCCUUGAAUCGCACUUCAGGCCUUCCGUCUACAAAAAAUCUUCAGGCCCCUUCAAAGCUGACAAACUCACCAUCCACUGGAACUGUUGGGAAGAAUAGCUUGAGUGGAAUUGCAGUGAAUGUACCUGCCAGCAGAGGUAGCAACCUUAACUCAAGCGGAGCUAAUAGGACUAGUCUGUCUGGGGGAACAGGAAGUGGAACACAGGGUGCUACUAAACCGUUGUCUACUCCACAUAGACCAUCCUCUGCCUCAGGGUCUUCAGUGGUGACAGCCAGUGUGCAGUCCACAGCAGGAGCAUCAUUAUUGGCUAAUGCCUCACCUCUGACUCUCAUGACAUCACCUUUGUCUGUAACAAAUCAAAAUGUGACUCCUUUUGGGAUGCUGGGUGGCCUUGUUCCAGUGACCAUGCCCUUCCAGUUUCCCUUGGAGCUACUUGGCUUUGGAACGGACACAGCUGGAGUGACAACCACCUCGGGAUCUACCUCAGCCGCUUUCCACCAUAGCCUAACUCAGAAUUUACUAAAGGGUUUACAGCCAGGAGCUCAGCACGCAGCAGCGCUUUCCCACUCACCUCUGCCUGCACAUGUACAGCAAACGUUUAAUGAUGGAGGCCAAAGUAAAGGGGACACUAAGUUACCACGGAAAUCUCAGUGACUUCGCAGCAAGCACAGGAGACGACACACUUGGCUGGCUGUUGGAACCUACCUGAUGGGAAAGUACUCGUGUGGUCAUAGGGCUGCUGUUCUGUCGAUGUUUACAUUCUCUCGUCCCAAGCACUGUGGUGAGGAGGAAAAAGAAAAGAAAACAUUACUUGAGUAAAGCCAGGUGCAGGAGGAAGAAAUGCUUUUGUGCAAAGUUAAGUGUGACCUUUGGUCUCUUCUAAAGAAAGACAGUUACCAUAUUAACUGACUUGAAAGAGACUCAGUUGUCAAACCCACAGAAAUACAAAUUUGAUUUUUCCCUGGGCAGGAAGAAGGAAAUUGAGGAUUUGGGUAAACUCCAUCCAUCCUGGGGGUUGGAUCUGAACACUUGUAGACAUAGUUGCAUAAUAAAAGGCAGUAUACCCCAAAUUAGGCCAGUUUGUCAGGAGUAAUGGUCAUGUCUGAGUGGACUAUGCAACAAAUUUUCCACAAAAAAAAUUUAAUGGCCCUAUGUCUGAUGCAGACAGUAGCUGAGUAUAAAUUAUGUACCCUCAAAAAUCCUGAACAAACUUGAAUCUUCUCCAAUGUGUAGCAACUCCUGUGUAAAUCAGUGGACUAAAGAUGCUUCAGGAAAGUUAUUUUAGCACAGUGAUAUAUAUUACAUUUUUUUAAGUAAAAAAAUUGAGGCUGUUGCUCAUAACAGAUGAAACUUAGAUGUCCCCUUUUUGUAAAAGGGUCAAUUACAUCUUCCAUUCAGAAGCAGGUACUUAACUCUCUCCUUCAGGUGAUUUGUGCAUCUGGUGUUGACUGGUUAAUUCUUAUUUCCAUUCUUGAUGUUAAAAUGUGACUUGUGUUCACAUUUUCCUCUUGAGAAAUGGGGAUCUUUGUUGUAGGACUGCAGCUUUGGUCCACUUAGCCUUUGCAGGCCUGCCAGUAUGAAUUGUCAAUUUCCCCCAACAUCACUUUAGUUCACAACCUCUCUUUCUGUUUUUUUUUUGCUAGUGGUAUUUCAGGUGAUUAUUAACUAUUGAUAUAAACAGGUAUAAGUGUGUAUUGGAGUGCUUCUUCACUGGUCAUUCAAACGGCAUAUAUGUAUUUGGGGGGAAUUUUGAAGAUGGUAUUUUAAAGGGAGGAAUUAAAUUAGGAUCAUUGUGUACAGGGGAUUAUUUUUAUAACAAUCAGUGUAUUUUUACUCCCUAUAUCCACUGUAGUGAAACUGAUUUGGAGCAUUUGAAAUUUUAAAGUUUUACUAAUACUUAGAGUAUUGAUAUAUGAGUAAACCUGCAGAUAAUAAGACUCCGUUACUAGAGCUUCCUCAUGCAAAUUGCAUGUUCAACAAAGGAUGUUAAGGGAGAAAUUUAUAGUGUUUGGAUACAUUUUGUUGACUUUUUUCACCACAUCAUUGUUCUAGUCUUUUUCUUCCUGUUUAGGCUUCUGAAUGUUUUCAAACUGUUCAUAAGAAUGGUGUAAGCUUGGUCCAUUAAUAAUGCCAGACACCUAAAAAAAUUGCACCAGAUUGGUAGUAGCAAGAUUUCUUACAUAUGUUUUCAUUACAAGUCACCCAAUACCAUUAAUAUUUAUCCAGAUAAGGGUAUUAAUCAGGCCCUUUUUUCCUUUCAUAAGCAAAAGUUCCAAAUAGGCUUUAGGACUGUGAAUAAAUUAACACAGAAUACUUUAGAUCUGUAAGCCCAUAUUUUGACAUCAGAGUCACAUUGGCUUACUUUACAGCAGAAAAAAAAAGUUAAUAACUGAAAACUUUAGUUCCAAGAACUUGUUAAAAUAAGGGGAAAGGGUUAUUUCAAAGGAAUCAUUGAUAUAAUUACUUGCCUCUAAGAAUUUAAUUUAUCAGUAAAGCAAAUAAGAAUGUUCUGUCAACCCUGGUAGAUAUUUGGAAGGAUACUGGGAUGUUGCAGAUAUGUUUGAUUUGAAUGGAGAAUGUUUGAUUAAAGUUUGUUCGGUUUUUUUUACCUAGGGAAGCUUACCCAGUUCUUGAGUUCUUCCAUUGUAGCAUACCUCUUGCUUUUAUCUAAUUUAGAGGGGGAAAAAAAGUCUGCUAAUCUUUAAGAAUUUUCCUUUGAGAAGCCACCUUCAUUUUACUUCCCCGAACAAGAAGAGAACACAAUGCAGAUUCAUCUCUCUUCUGGUGGAGGGUGGUGCAUGUGUUCAUCUGUGUGUGUAUUUUUGUACACAUAUGUUUAUUGAUAGAUGAGUUCAGUGGUAGUUUAAGUUGAGGAAUGACAACUUUAAUUUGUUAAACCCAUCAACUCUGAAUCACACUGUCAGGCGAGUGUAUGCUCCUCGGUUCUUUGUCUCGUCACAAGAAAGAUUUGGAGUGAGGACACCAUCCCAAGACUGCCCCCCCCACCCCGCCCCGUGAUUCUAUCUUCAUUCGAGAAGAGCGGGAUUAUCAGUUCCUCCCCCAUAUCGUUUUAUAAACACCUGAGGGCCCUGGGCUCUGAGGCCUCCUCUGUGAAGAUUUUAUUCUGUUCUCUUCAAUCCUGAUUCUGUGAGAACUGCUGCCUCACCCCCACCACAUUUUCACUAGCUUCAUCCAUUUCAAUCAAGACUGCCCUUUUAUGUUGUACAAAUGAAAUAAACAUCCUUAUAUUUCUUAAAAAGUAUGGUCAAAGAGUUACUGCAUGUAAAUACCUAUUUCUUUUCUAGGUCAUAACAUUGAAAAUGGUGUCCAUACUGUACAGACACCUAUUUUUACAGCUUUUCUUACUAAAAACAUACAUACAAAUCAGUUAUUUUUUAGCACAGAGGCUUGUGACUCAUAUUCUAUUUUUGCACUUGAAAAUCAAAUUAUGUUAUUUUUUAAAAGUGGAGAGUAAUUGGAAAGGCUAUAGAGCAGUGUGUCUUUUCUGAAGAGCAUUAGCAACAUCCUGUUGUAAAGGUAGUCAGCACACAGUUACAUCCCAUGCCGUGGGAUUCUUGAUUCAGGAAAAGGAAGCUGUUUUCAACGUCUUGUAUUUUAAAUUGCCUUCGCUGACGUAUAAGCUGUUACUGUACAUACAAGUUAAUCCUCAGUAUUCACAAGCAAUAAUGAAUGAUCAGCAGAGCUGUCUCCAGAGAUAGCAGUGCUGAGCCUCGGCUGGAGACUGAGAGCAAAGUGUCAAGCUCAUUCAGAGCCUCCACAAUCGAUGUAAGCAAUAAUUUCAUUACCAGUCGGUUAUAAUUCUUUCUCAUCUGCUUCUGAGAUCAGAGGGUAAAGGAAAUCAUGAUUUUAAAACCAGCUGAAGAGGUUAAGUAUUGGGGGAAGAAGUGAAGUUCAUCUGAGGUCCCCAAGUCUUGAUUUUGAGGGACUCAGAGCAUUGUGUCAGCACAUUCCUUCAUGCCUGCCACCCCUUUGAUGGAUGUUGUUAGCCCAAAUUUCUUUCUUUCUUUUUUUUUUAAUAUCAUAGAAGCUCAAUAGGGUUUAUCAUAUCACCCAGCUAGAAGGAAGAACCAGGCACACACCUGUUUGAAUGCUGUGGGUUUGACACCUGUAUGAAAACAACUUCUACGAAAAGAUUUUUAACCCAGGAUUUUUUUUCCCCCCAAAGCAGAUUUAAAUUGUUUACUACCCAGGUUUGGAAAGGGCAGACACCUCUAAUCUUUCUCCUCUCGUUGCUCUCUACCACACCCCCUUUCCACCUCUACUUGGUUCAAGACAUUUUCUGAAAUGGAAUUCUACUGUUAUUCAAACUACCAUUGAUUACGCGAAUACUGUGUCCCUUGGGAUCAUCUCUUAGAACUCCAAUUAAUCUAUCAGAUUUGCUGCUACAUUUGUAAAAUGAACUUUGCCUGUAAUGUUCAACUUCAAUUUACAGUUCUUUAUUUCUGGGAGGCUUUGUCAUAUACUUUGACCCAUGUAUAGAAUUAGGAUACUUUAUUUUAAGGGUGUACCAUAAAAGCACACUGGUCCUUGUAUUCUUUUCAUCAUUUAGGUUUUGAAUUUUUGUUUGCUCUUUUUGUUGGUUGAUGUUUAUUUUGUCCUGUUUUAGAUUAGAAGAGUGAGAGAAAUCUACAAUCAGGCCAAACUUGAGAACUUGCCCUGUGCUUCAGCACUGUAGUUUCUGCUGACCUUAUGUUCUCAGAAGGGCACUUUUACUUGCUGUUGUGCAUGUAUGGUGGUUUUUGUUUGUCUGUUGUUUUGGUUUUUGCUUUUAGGGGGCUUUUGUUUUUGUAAUAAUGAUGCAGAAGAAAAAUGCAGUAGUAGGUAAAUGAUUAGAAACAUGUUAGACAGUUUUAUUUUAUAAAAUUUAAGAGGAAAGGUUUAACUCUGUAAAUCAUUUCUUAGCUCUGGUAAAAUGGCUUAUAUUAUUCCUCUAAAGCAUAUUCAAUUCAGGCCUUUGUCUUUGUUAAGUGCCUUUUUUUCUUUCUUUUUUCCCCUCUUUUGAAACUGUUCUCAGAUAUCCUAAAGUACAGGCUAAUAACGUCAGGGGAUUCAGGAGGAAGAAUCUCAGAGUUGCCAAGAUCAUGUCAUGCUGUAAUAUUAUUCUUCUUUAUAUGUAUAUGGAUAUAUGUGUAAGAUACACACAUACAUGCAUACAUAUAUAUGUGUGUAAAUUUGUAUACAUAUGUAAUAUAUAUAUAUAUAUAACUAGUAGCUGCUGUACCAUUGCAUCCUUUCCAAGCACUCCCCUAUUUUAAUGUUUGCAAAAUUUCUGCCUUGUUUAUUCCAUUGCCUUUAGUUGAUUUGAAUGGGUAGAUUGGGAAAUUGUCUUCUCACAAGAUACUGUCUUCGCCCUUUGAAUAUCUGUUUGUAGAAGUUAACAGGAACAACAGCUACAUAUAAAAUAAGUCAGUUAUUAUAACUAAAAUAAAUUUAGUGGACUCAUUGUCUGUUCCUGGAUGUAAUCCACUGCUCUGUGCCCUUCAGACUUGGCGUGUGUAAUACUAGAGAAAGCAUUGGGAUAACAAGAGUCUUUCCAGGUCAAGUUGAUAAGGUACAUGAUGGCAGGCAAGACUAAAGACAUGGGAGAGCUAGAGUUAGAACCAUGGUAUUGUUUCUGAGUUUUGAAGCAAGUUAGCAACUUUGUCCAUGUUAAAAAUGCAUCAUAUACUCUUCUGGAAAAUGGGUUUUGAAGAAUUCAUAUAGCUGCAUAUCUGUCAAAAGGGUAAUAAACUUAGAAGUAGAAGGACUUCAGAUAUGGAGGGAAACACUUAUAUAACCCAUGGCAUUCCUGAGAGAGCUUCAGUUUUCUCAUUUGCCAAAUAAUUACAUUUGGCCUAAUAUGAUUUAAUGGUUAUUUUUGUUUCUCCCUUGAGCAAAAUAACAUAAUACCAGUAAUUAGUGUUCAUCUGUUUCUUGUCGAAAACAGAUGUGACAUGUGAAGGGAGACUAAGUUGAACCAAUCCUCAAAAUCCAGUAUAAAUAUGUCUAGUAAAUGCCCCCUUUUAAAUACAUUUUAACUGAGGAGACUGGUGGCCAAAAAGGAGAAAGCAGAGGCUCCUGGCAAUGUUACUUGACAGCAAGACUGUUAUCAGGUGGCCUCGGUCAGUCAUGUUACUCUUUGAUUAUUGUGUUUAGGGGGAAUAUCGUUUAACCUUUGUGCCUCAGAUUACCCAUUAGAAAAUUGGGUAUAAUAAUAUUCACCUACCUCCCAGGGAUAUCAGAGACUUUUUCAAAAAUAUUUUGAGUUUUUCUAAAAUGUCCUAUAUAAUUUAAAAAAGUAUUAUCAUCUUCCUGCAGAGGCUAAAAAAAUGUUUCCCUAUGAUGGGCAUAAAAAGCACCAUAUGAUUUUUAGGUUUAAAAAAAUCACUGGAAUUCUAAUUUAGAUACAUAUGUGUUAUUUAAACAUAUUAUAUUUGUGGUUGGAUAAAAUGCUUAGUUUCAGGUUAAUAAGAGGGGAGGGGUAAAUAACACUAAGUUUCCUAAUUAUAAAUAGUUUUUUUUUUUUUUUAAGCUGUUCAUGGUAUUAUUACAUGUGUGAUUUUUGCCAAGAUUGUGGAGCUGAAGCUAGCUAAAGCGUGAAUGAUUGGUUACUGGAGUUGAUUAAUGAUCCCAAAUGUUUUAUCUGCCUCACUUUGCCAUGUUCUCAGCCUAAUUUCCUUAUAUUACUUGUUUAGUGAUGGAUAUAGCUAAGCUUUUAACUUUCUAAGAAUGAAUGGGGGUCUCCUUCUUACGGAGAUUGUGUACUGUCCCUGUAACCAUAGGUUUACCCAGCUUUGCACUGAAGCGGCAAGCACUACACACAGCCUGCUAGGCGUACUGUAGCCAGUCUACCUGUGUAAUUUAUGCUUCUUUACCGUGAAAGAGUGGGAGCCAUCAACGGCUCAGGUUGCAGAAAAAUGGGAGAGAGGAGGCAGGUUUCUCUUCCUAGCUGGGGCAGCUGUGGGAAGGGUGGGAGCACAAAGAAAUAUAUUUUUCCCAGCUCCAGGGAGGAGAGGAAGGUCAUCUUAUCCUACCCUCCAUCAGGUAUAUGAAGCAGUAAUACAUAGAAUUUUCCUUUUAUCAUUUAAAACAAUAACAACAGGAAACAUUGGAUGCUGCUUCUAUGUUAGCGCUAGAUGCUGAGCACCAUUUGCGAGGAGAUGUGUGUAGAUUUUGUAGCACAUAUUCAGGGUCAGGAAAGAGAAUGUCAGGGGAUUAGGAACAAAUGAUCCAGUGUGAGUGAGUAGGGAGAAGGCCCCAGGCCCAAGUAGACAAAGCCUCUGAGUUAAUUCCCAGAACUGGCUGAGGCCCAUUUACUCUCUAGUGACAGGACGUUUUUCCUUAAAAGUCACUUUUUGGUUUUUUGUUGUGUUUUCCAGAUAAAGCCUUAGUUAGUAGCCUCUAAAUAUCAACUAUGCAGAUAAACAUACAAGUUUUCCACAUUCUUCCUUUUUCCAUUCUUUAAAUAACAGAUGUUAAUUAAGACUUCUACCCAAAGAAAUAAGGCAUAAGGGUUUUGUUGAAUGUGUGUUUGUUCCUCUUGGGAAAAUUAAUGGAAACAUAAAAAUAGAGAUAUUUUUUGUGUGUCCAUCUGUCCUAAAAUGUGAACUUUAUAUUCAGAAACUAAGUACAGAUUCUGGUGCACACUCUAGUUGGAAUCAUGGAAUGUUUUCAGGUUAAGAUAAAACCAUCCCAGUGUUCAAUUCUGAGAAAGUUUUAGAUUCUCUGGCACACUGUUCAGGUUUGUGGAGCUAAUAAACAGAUGGUCAUACUAUCAUUACAAAGUGGCGUUAAAUAUUAAUGUCAGAUUCUCAUUGUUUCUUUACUUUCUUUAGUUUUCAUUCUUCUUUUCUCUAAUCUGAGCCCUCAAGUUAACCAUUGCAUCAGCCAGUGGCUGCACUAGAAUAAAAGUUGUUGAGAGUCUGGGGAGCAAAGCUUCAACUUUCACCUCCUUUUCUCAUCCGUGUUGGUCAUCUACGCUGGGUCCCCACUGAAUUUGAAAGUAAAGACUGCAGGCGUGUUGUAGGAGACUGUUUACUUCCCAGCACACUCAGACAGGGACUGGUAGGAUUUUAAUCAGGCUGCCUUUGAAUAACUUGAUAUUUUUCUCAGAUAUUCCCAAAGUACCAUUUGCUUGAAAGUAGCUAUUUGUGAUCUUUAUUUAAUUUCCUCAUACUGUAAUAUGUAAUACUUCUGCUUUUCAGACUUUCUUUCAUAUGUCCAUUUUAGAGCAGGUUAGUACUUAAAUUUUGGACACUUUUCCGAACUGUUACCCAAACAGGUCAAGAAUACUUAAUAAAUAAAUAAAUAAAUCUCAGUAGUAUAAUUAAGGGGGUCUAUAUGUCCAGGACUUAAAAUCAUUACUGGUGACGUGAAUUUUUUUUCUCUUCUCCUUUGUGUUAAAAAUUUCUCUACUAUAUAAUAUAGUAGUAGCUACAUUACAUGGCCUCCUCUUGAUACUUUUCAAGGUUAUUCAAAAGAGAACUCUUAUUUGUUUUUAUUAUUUGUUGGGCUCUUAUUUCACAUAAUAGUCUGCCUUGCUUCUUUUCAUUAAUUCCUCUGGAAUAAACCUACUUUACAAAGGUCUGCGUCAGAAAGGCCACAUGAAUCCUAAGUACCAAUUUUAGGUUCCUCAGAAAACGCUCCAUAUAUUAUUUGUUACUGUUUUGCCAAUAAUAAUAUAAUUCUAUUUUAUCUUGUCUAGUUUUAAAAUAGUUUGUAACAAAGCACUAAUGGAAACUUAAUUGAAACACAAGCAAGGUGGACUAUUACCUUAGAUAAUGUGAAGAUACUCUGUUUUUUAAUUUGACAGUUCCAUCUGCCCUCCAAGCACAUUUAGGAGUUGGCAGUAACCAAGACUAGCCAAGUGGCAUAUUCUUCUGUGUGACAACCUGCUACAUUAUAUUUCACACUCUUCUGGCCAUAAACUUCUCUCCUCUUUUGCUUCUCUCAUCUGUUUGCAGGGGUCGUGAGCCCUGUGCCAGCAUAUUGGGUUUUCUUUCCUGUCCCUGUGAAAUUACCAAGAAUUACCCCCAAUUUUGGCCAGAGGCAUUAAAAGAGAAAUUAUUCUCAGUUGACAGAGUUAUUACUGUUUUAUAUAGGUAGUCGGAAAGUUGACCAAGUUUGGCCAACUUUUAAAAUCCUGGCUAUGCUUACAUAAUUAAUUACAUAGACCUUCUGAGACUUGUAGAUAAGCAAGGGGCCCUUGCACCAGUAGAGGUAGGUUUUCCAACAUACACACAAGUUUUUUGGCCAGCCUCCAGAGAAGGGAUUCAUGCUUUGUACUGCUCUUUUGUUGGCUGUCAUUCAAAAAUCAUAUUACAGAAUGUAUCAAAAAUAUAUAAUUGUUCUUAAGAGUAUGUAAAUCUUGGGGCUUGCCCUUCCUUGUCUGUUGCUUGCUAAACACUGGCAAGCUGAAAAGGAAAGGAAAUCUCUGGCUGGUGAAAAUUUUGUGCCCCAAAUAAUAAGUUAAUCAAAGUCUCCCAAGGUAACCAAGUGAUGAGUGUUUUCUCGUUUAUUACAAGCAAGAAAAUUUAUUUGCAGUUGUAAAAAUUAUCGUGGGACUGCAGACCGAUUUGCUAUAACUGAUUGGAAAUAAGGAUUCUGAUUUUUAGUCUGAGUAAGCACAUAUUUCCAACUCUUGCAGUAUGAAUUUUGAUAAAGGAAAGACUUUUGUUUGGUAACAGAAGGAAAAAUGGGACUUAUUUAUACAGUGAAUGUUCACUCUAUAAAGGAAUGUCCUUCCGGUUACACAGCAUCUUCUUUCUUGAGCCACCUCCCCGCUUUAUAUAGAUGCCAACAGGUUUUACAAUGCAUCGUGAAGGAAGGAGCCUAAAUAAUUGCUGCUCCUCUGGGUGAAAGGCCCUGACUACCAUAUUGCAGUUGUUUUUAGGGAGGUGUGUUUUUGCUAACUUGAAGGGAUAUGCUGUAUUUUAAAUUUAAAUAUGUGUGACUUAAUAUUUUGGGAAUUUUUUUUUCCUCCUUUAAAACUGGACCUGAACACAGCUUUGAGUUGAUAUUUGUAAUAAUCUCAGGACCUGAAAGAUUGUAGCAUUUAGUGUGUCUUAAAAAUUAUGUACUGUACCAGCCAUGGAUUUUUGUAAAUAUACCUGUCUCCCUUUUUUGUAUUAUUUUAGUAAAAAAAAUAAUAAUAAAUUUAAAUAAAAGGGGGUGGUAAUGACAUGUGAAUGGGUGUGGGUAUGUAUGUGUGUAUGUUUGUAUAAGGCUCUUUUGAGAUGAACUGGUGCUUGUUUAAUUUCCGGCUCUAAUCAGAGCAGGAAUAUGGACAAACUGCUGCUACCGAACCCUGCACUGAGCCUAGAUGUUUCCAUUGUGUUUCCUCGUGACUGAUCAGGAAAUGAUCAGACUUCUGAUCAUUCUUCUUCCCAGUGCCAUCUUGCCUUUGAAUUCUCAGUUCUACACACUUUUUGAACUUUAAUGGUAAAGCUUUCCAAACUUUGGGCAGUUUGCUGGUCUCUAGUUUUUAGAGAGCUCUUGUCACUAUUUUCUAAGAAGAAAGGAGGACAGGUAAAAAUUUUUAUCCCCCCCAAAAAAAUCACAUUUCAUAAAACCCUGAUGAUUUUUGGAUAUGUGAGAGGACUUAAACAUUCCUAGAUGUGGAUCUUGUGAAUUUAGUAAAUUGACCCCAUUGAUAUAUAUACUGCUUCAGUGCAGGGAUUUUUUUUUUUUUUUUUUUCCGCAACAGCCUUGCUCAUAUUCCAAGUGUAGCUAAGCAAACCCCUGUUUUAAAGCAGGAGCCUUAUUUGAUUGUGUAGAUGUUUUCCUGUCUAUCCUUUACGACAGGGCCUUUUACAUGAGUGUUUUUUCUUUUUGUAUGUGUUACGUGUUGUUGUAUUAAAUAAAGAGGAAUGUACAUAUUA